AUGGAGCCUACCAAAGUCCAGUCAGAGGGUGGCCUCAAUGUCACCCUUACCAUCCGCCUCCUCAUGCAUGGAAAAGAGGUUGGAAGUAUAAUUGGAAAGAAAGGAGAAACAGUAAAAAAGAUGCGAGAAGAGAGUGGAGCACGAAUCAAUAUUUCUGAGGGAAACUGCCCAGAGAGGAUUGUCACCAUCACAGGACCAACAGACACAAUCUUCAAGGCUUUUGCUAUGAUUGCCUACAAAUUUGAGGAGGACAUAAUCAAUUCCAUGAGCAACAGCCCAGCAACCAGCAAGCCUCCAGUCACCUUAAGGCUUGUUGUGCCAGCCAGCCAGUGCGGCUCCCUCAUAGGAAAAGGAGGAUCCAAAAUAAAAGAAAUGAGAGAGUCCACAGGGGCCCAGGUUCAGGUGGCAGGGGACAUGCUGCCCAACUCCACAGAACGUGCAGUGACAAUCUCUGGGACCCCAGAAGCCAUCAUCCAGUGUGUCAAACAAAUCUGUGUGGUCAUGCUGGAGUCCCCACCAAAAGGUGCCACCAUCCCUUAUCGCCCAAAGCCUGCCUCCACCCCCGUCAUUUUUUCAGGUGGCCAGGCCUACACAAUUCAGGGACAGUACGCCAUACCACAUCCAGAUCAGUUGACCAAGCUCCACCAGUUGGCUAUGCAGCAAACCCCCUUUACCCCUCUUGGACAGACCACCCCUGCUUUCCCUGGUUUGGAUGCCAGUCCACCAGCCAGUACCCAUGAACUCACCAUUCCCAAUGAUCUAAUAGGCUGCAUCAUUGGACGCCAGGGAACCAAAAUAAAUGAGAUUCGACAGAUGUCUGGGGCGCAGAUCAAAAUUGCAAACGCCAUGGAGGGCUCAUCAGAGCGCCAGAUCACCAUUACAGGGACUCCUGCUAACAUCAGCCUGGCCCAGUAUCUCAUCAAUGCCAGGCUGACGUCUGAAGUCACUGGAAUGGGCACACUCUAA